AUGAGUAUCUCGUGGAAGGUAAUUGACUUCUGUCGACACUUUGGGGUUGAUGUUCCUUCCGAUUCCGAACACGUCCGGCCUGAAACUGCACAUCUUCUUUUUAAUCAACUUGCACGGAAGGGUGGCGUAUCGCUGAACGACGCCACGGCCAGACUGAGGUUGCAGAACGAGGUGGAGGGCAUUCUCCAGGAGGAGGGACUGGAUGACGGGACGAUCGCACUUAGUUUCUUGAGAGGGCAACAGACGGCGGUGAAUCCCGAAAAAUUGCGGGAAUGUGUAGCAAGGUUUCUUACCGAUAGACGACAGCUUGCGGGUGACACAACACCGGUUGGCAAGCACAAGGAGGGAUCGGGGGCUCAGGCAAAGGGGAGGCAAUCUUUGCCGCUGCUGGAGGGAGCCGGCCUUGACGCUAUUUGGCGGGGGUUGGUGUCGAUAGAAGCAGCCCUUUUUUCCACCGCGGUGGAUUUGAGCCGCAAAAGUGACGAACUUCACCAGCGUGAGGAGGCGUUGGAGGCGCGGGCACGCGUAAUGGAGAGUGCGGAGGCUGAUCUUCUGAAGAGCAAAUCGGUGCAACAGAACGAGAUGCGGACGAUAGAAGCGGAGCUGGAGAGGCAGCGAAUGGCCUUGCUGGUCGAAGCUGCAAAGUUGGAGGAGCGGCGGGUACAACUCACGAGGAUGGAGGAGGAGUUGAACGCCCGUUCGAAGGAAACUCGUCUUGCGGAGGAGGCUGUCGCUGCUGAGAGUACGGCACUCAAGGCUGAGCAGGCAAAGCUGAUGGUAGUUCGGGCGACUCUCGAGCAGGAUCGCAGGCAAUGCAAUGAGGUGGCGCACAGCUUCAUUGAUCGUGAGCGGCGUCUUAAAGAAACGGAAAAGUUGUUGGUGCAAGCCAAAGAUGAACUUACGGCAUAUGAGAGAUUUCUUAUGCGCAUAAGGGAGAAGAAAGGAUCUGGGAAGGAAAGGGGAGGAGGGAGAGAAAGGUUGGCGUGA